AUGGCUGAAUGCUCCUCUUACUCUUCAAUCUUCAGCUUCGGCGACUCCAUGGCCGACACCGGCAACCUAUUUUUCAGCAACCAAGACCCCUCUGAUCACUGCUUAUCUCCUCCCAACGGCCAAACCUACUUUCAUCAUACAUCUGGUCGUUGCUCCAAUGGACGCCUCAUCAUUGAUUUCAUAGCCGAGUCAUUGGGGAUUCCGAUGGUGAAACCGUAUUUAGGAAUAAAGAAGGGUGUAUUGGAAGAUAGUGCAGGAAAGGAUGGGGUGAAUUUUGCUGUUAUAGGAGCAACGGCUUUAGACAUUAGUUUCUUUGAAGAGAGGGAUAUUCAUAACGUUGCUACCAAUUAUUCAUUAACUGUUCAGAUGAAUUGGUUCAAGGAACUUCUUUCUGCUCUCUGCAAUUCUUCAGAAAGUUGCCAUAAAGUUCUUGGAAAGUCAUUAUUUCUGGUAGGAGAAAUUGGAGGCAACGAUUUCAUUUAUAUGUUAAAUAGCCGAAAAAGCAUAGAAGAGAUAAAAACCUAUGUACCAGAUGUAAUCAAUGCAAUAACUUCAGCAAUCAAUGAGUUGAUUGAUCUAGGGGCACACACACUCAUGGUCCCUGGGAAUUUCCCAAUGGGAUGCAAUGCAUGCUUUUUAACAAAGUAUGAAACCACAGAUAAGAACCAAUAUGACUCAUUCGGUUGCUUGAAGAAGCUAAACGAAUUUGCUGCAUUUUACAACCAGAAUCUUCAAAAUGAAAUACAAAGGCUUCGUGGAGUUUAUCCUCAUGCAAAUAUCAUCUAUGUUGAUUAUUAUAAUGCUUUAUUGCCAUUAUAUCAAUAUCCAUCAAAAUUUGGUUUUCUAGGUCUUAAAGCUUGCUGUGGGAUGGGAGGUUCGUAUAAUUUCAAUGGAUCAGAACUUUGUGGAAAAUCAGGUGUGGUUGCAUGUGAUGAUCCUUCUCAGUAUAUUUCGUGGGAUGGUGUUCAUUUGACUGAGGCUGCAUAUAGAUUGAUUGCUCAUGGUAUCAUUAGUGGACCAUAUUCUCUUCCUAAACUUAAGAAUCUGUGCUCCAUAAAUUUAGCUAUGGAUAUUUGA